AUGGAAGGCAGCAGCAAAAUUAAACCCGCAGCAAGGGUAUCUAGCCAGAAGCAAGACGUCUGGUCAAUCAUCAACGAAGCAGCAGCCGCUUCCCCCCGACAGCCCAUCGUAAACAUGGGCCAAGGCUUUUUCGGCUACAACCCCCCCGACUUCAUCCUCGAUGCUGCCAAGGACGCGCUUGAUCGCGUUGAGUGCAACCAGUAUUCGCCUACCAAGGGCCGGCCGCGGCUCAAAAAGGCUAUUGCAGAUGCGUACUCACCCUUCUGGGGUCGCAGGAUUGACCCGGAGACGGAGAUUACUAUCACCACAGGUGCCAAUGAGGGCAUGUUGAGUGCGUUCAUGGCCUUCAUCGAACCUGGCGAUGAGGUCAUCAUCUUUGAACCGUUCUUCGACCAGUACAUAAGUAACAUUGAAAUGCCCGGCGGCAAAAUUGUCUACGUGCCCAUGCACCCCCCCAAAACAGGUGCAAUCAAGACCUCGUCCGCCGCAGAUUGGACUAUUGAUUUUGCCGAGCUGGAGAAGGCUAUCACACCGCGGACCAAGAUGAUUGUCCUGAACACACCUCACAACCCUGUUGGCAAAGUAUACUCGCGCAAUGAGCUUCAGAAAAUAGGCGACUUGUGUGUCAAGAACGAAAUCAUCAUUCUAUCAGACGAAGUAUACGACCGCCUGUACUAUGUGCCGUUUACACGAAUGACCACUUUGUCCCCUGAGAUUGAGAAAUUGACCAUCACGGUCGGAUCUGCGGGCAAGAACUUUUACGCAACAGGUUGGCGAGUCGGUUGGCUCAUGGGACCCCCAAAUCUCAUCAAAUACGUCUCGGCAGCCCACACGCGCAUCUGUUACUCGUCCGUCUCGCCUCUUCAGGAGGCAUGUGCCGUGGGCUUUGAAAUGGCCGAGUCGAAGGGUUUCUGGACCAAAUCCAUCACCGAAAUGAAGUCCAAAAUGGACCGCUUCAACGAGAUCUGGGCCGAGCUCGACUUGCCUUACUCCGAGCCCGAGGGCGGCUACUUCGUGCUCGUUAAUAUGAAAAAGGUCAAGGUGCCCGCCAACUACCCUUUCCCCGAACAUGUUGCGAGCAGACCGCGGGAUUUUAAGCUUGCGUGGUUUUUGAUCUGGGAGGUAGGUGUAGCGGCGAUCCCACCAACCGAGUUUUACACGGAUGCGAAUGCGUACUUGGCGGAGGAUUAUGUGAGGUUUGCCGUUUGCAAGGAUGAUGAGGUAUUGGACGAGGCGAAGAGGAGAUUAAGGGGGUUGAAGAAGUAUAUGUAG